GUUCUAUUUCUAUAUGAUUAAAGUCAAUUCAUAUUUCACCAGUUAUACAAGGAAUGGAAAACCUGAGUUAACUGGAAUCAAAUUUCCAGGUUUUCCAGAAACACUGAAUUGGUAGUUCCUAAGCUGUUCACCUCUUAAUUCUGCUCUGAGAUGAAUAAAGAGAAAGGAAGUAUAGAAAAGCCUACUCUUACUCUGGAGUAGAAGAAGGGUUGCUUACUGUAAUAAUUAUAAAAGUGUCUGCUUUAAUCAUGUCCUCUUUACAGGUAAAUUUGAGAUUCUCCUCAGCUCAGAGCCUGCCAGCCUCAGACAACCGCCUGAAGGUGACAGCCACCCCCUUCUCCCUCUGUGCCCUCUGUGCUGUAGACCAGAGUGUGCUGCUAAUGAAGCCUGAAGCUGAACUCUCACCUCAAUCUGUCUAUAAUUUGCUACCAAUAAAGAGUUCUUCACAUACCUUUAGAGUUAGAAGUCCUGGCGUUGACUAUGGUGAAGAUUGUCUCAAUGCAAAAGGCAUAACUCAUGAGGGAACACUUUACGUAACAGAGCGGGUCCUGGAUUGGUAUGAACUUUACAGUAUCUUCAUGGUAAUUCCUUUUCCUAAAAACAUAACAAAAGUGGAUCUCUACGCCUCUGUUAAGGUGGAGAAACAACGGGUUCUAAGCUCUAGGAUUUUUAAUUUCCUCCCUCCAUCAAAGCGAUAAGUAACAGAACAAUAUGGAAAUCUCAGAGACAGAGAACUUUGUGGACACAGAUGUGCACACAUGAAUUUCUCUACCACUUUAAACAGCAAGUGGUUUACUUUUAGGCUGCAAACCUUAACCAAAUGGAUCCCAAAGCUACUUACUACCAUCAUAUUGCCCUCUCAGUGACUUGGGGAUUCCAAUAUGUGAGAAAACCAAAACAAAAUAUUUUCCACAAUGUAUCUGACACCCUUAGAAAGGCAAGCACCAUGUUGGUGACCAUCAUUUCCGCAUUUGCACAAAAAACACUUGUUGAACGAAUUCAGGAUUGAAUACAUAAAGUGCAAAACUUUGCCUCACAGGGCAGUAAAAUUCCAGGAAAACUUAAAGUUGUCUUUCAUUAAAAAAAGAUUAACAAAACUUGUAUUAGAAAUGUUAGAAUGUCUUAAAAAUGUAAUUCUUUAGUAUUAACUAUAACUGAGGAGAAUUAUCCAGGUUGUGAAAUUAAAUCGUAUCACUAUCAAACAGCACUAAGAACUUUUAUCAUCCGUUCAGGAAGAUAAAUCAUUCAUCUGAUAAAGGUCUACAGCUUAGCUGAAGGCAAUUUAAAUCUCUCUCUUCUGGACCUUCCAGAAACGUAAAUGCGGUGGUAGAAGGACGGAAAAAACACUUCUUAGUUUAUUAACUAGCUGUUUCAUCUUUGAACAUUUAUUUCUGGUUUAUUUCUUUCUGUUGUGUAUCACAACCCCCACUGACAACUAUGCUCAAGAGUCCCACAGUUUCCCAAAUACUCUGAGAUAAAAUAGCAAAUAAUAUUUACCUGUGACUAAUACUGAAGAAGAGGGAAGAUGGAAACAGGUGGACUCUAGACAACUGGGGGCAUCUGGAUGGGGGUUUUAGACGCAGACAUCUGAGACAAUUAAAAGAAACUGAGAAAAAAGAGGAAAGGUCCACAGGAAUGAGUGGAGUGUAGACAUUCUGGAAAAGCCUAUCUUCUGAUUGAUAAAACAUAAACAAAACAGAGUUUACUAAGACUGUAAAGAGCGACCUCCAAUAUGCAACCCUUCAAUUUAAAAUAACAAGAAACAAGCAAAAAAUGCUCUCUUGUAAGAAAGCCAUAAGGAGAGCUCUGUGUAUGCAUACAUAGACACGGACACCUGUUUCAUGGAGAAAAAAAGAGAAGGAAACAUCUAAGUCUAAGAUACUCAGUUUUAUGAAGGCAAAAAAAGUAAUUAAGGAGUAUUAGAGUAUACCAGACAAUAUUUAGCAAUAAGAAUCAGAAAUGGGUUUGAAUUCCAAAUCCUAUUCACAUACUAGCUGAAUGAACUUGACCCUCUAUGACUUUUUAUAAAAAGUUCUCCUCAUUAUGUGUAAUUCUCAAAUUUAUAAAUAGCUCUCCUCAUUAUGUGUAAUUUUCAUGAUGUGCCUAUGAACUAUAUAUAAAAUAGUGAAAGUACAGUACAAAGUCAAUCAAUUAUUUAGUCUCAAGAGUGGAUUGCCACUAUGCUUAACAAUUUUUUUUUUCAGUGUGUAGGAUUAGAUAUUUUCACCAACUCAAAAAUCCGUAAGUCACAUUUGUGUCCACAUCAAGAAUAUCAAGUCGGCUCAAGAAGAGGUAAGGGUGCAAUUUAUUUGUCUGACAGAAUAGAAGAAAAAUGGUGCUUUACUGGGUUGGUUUAAGAUAAAAAGUUAUUUUUCUUUUUUUUUUUCUAUUUUGAAAAGUAUUUACUUAGUUUAAAUAAAUUAAUUGCAAAUAAAAUCGAGCUACAAUAUAUAGCCUGAAUAGAAAUGACUAGAACAAAUACAACACAGGACUUGAUUUCUUGCAUUAGUCACAAAGCAUGUGACAAUCUAGAAAACUUUAAAAUCAAUUACAUUUCUUUGAAAAAGGGGUAACAGCAGUUACUGAUACAUCACAACAAAUAAACUUAUAAUACAAGUUUCCUGACAUGCAUUUCCUGAGUGAACCCAAAUGAUCAUUUUUAAAAACAAGGAAAUUUCAACAGUUGAAGUAAAAUAAAAUAGGUCAUGGCUUCUAAGCAACAAGUUUUGUUUUUUUUAAAAAACCAAAAGAAAAUUCAGAACAGUGUUAUAAUAGGAUAAAGUAAAGCUAUGCUACCAUAUAUAAAACUUUGCUACCGUCAAUUAAGUAUUAUACAACUUUUCAAA